UAGAAAUUUAAACUUAACGCAAAACCGAGCCCUCCUGCCUGCUCGGCUGAACGGCAGAAAGACUCAAAAGGAAGAAAACACUUUUUUUUGUUGUUUCUUUCAAAUCUUUGUGUGCUGAAAGAAAACUCACAUUGGUGACAGUACUUACUUUGGAUACAGUGAUCGACUUUUUUUUUUUUCUCCUUUUUUUUUUUCCCUUCUGAAUCAGACACGUCGUGGCUGAGCCUUCCUCUGCUUUUCUCCCUUGGAGCAUCAGGGUUCCUAUCGCAUCUGUCUGGCUUUUGUUCUCUAUCAGAAUUUUUAUUCUGGUGCUUUUUGGAUAUCAAAGUUGUCUGGAAAACUUCUUAUUAUUCGUAUUCAUAUAACGGGAAGGCUGAUACCAUUCUUAGCAGCUACAAAAGAAGUAAUAAUCAUAUGUAUAAAGCUCUCUCGAUAUACCUUCUGUUUUCUAUAAGUUCCUGUGUUUGUAUAAGCAAAUCUGUUCCAAGAAGACUUUAUCAACCGGUCGCAGCUCUGGGAUUUUCUUUUUCCUGUUGAGAGGCUCGGAGCGGCGGGGACUUCUCUGAGCACGCGUGCGUGUGGCCAGGAGCGCAGCAGGCACGCUGGGGUUCAUGGUGGGCUCUGCUCCCUACACUGUGCCUCUGCUCGCGGCCCUCGGGACAAAAUGUACGAACGGCACAAGAGGCGGUACAGCCUGUGCGACAUCUCCAAGGUGGACAGGACUGUAGAUGUGGUGUUGUUAAAGAUAAACCGUGAAAGCUGGUGCUCACUGGAGCCAUGUCCUGACUCUUCGCUGCUGGAGCGCAAGCGGACAGGAGAGUCUCCAGAGUGUGAGAACUUCUUGGAGGAUGGGCUGAGCAGCGUCUGUGCCUCAUCACAGGGUGUCCUUAAAAGAGAGUCUGGCAGCGAGUCUGACUUCUUCUCCUUGCCUGGUGAUGGGAUGGAAGAUCUUGUCUUUGGGAAGCAGCCUGAAGAGGAACAGUCUGCAGGAGAUGUCACCAGCUCCAGCUCCUCUGCUGAUGACACCGUGUCCUUGGAGAGGAACUCAUCCCUGGGUAGCGACACGUCCCUGCCCUUCCCACCCGCGGUGAGCUUUGCACAGCCCAAGGACAGGCGCAGCCUGGAUGGGAGCUGCACGAGCAUGGUGGCUGUGGAGGGAGGAGAGGGUGAACUCGCUGGCUUGGGAGAGAAGGAAGAGGAGCUGGACAGUAUCACAGACGUGCCUGCUCCUUCCUCCGUCGCAAGAAACUCCAUGCGGCCGCUGUCACCUUUCCGACGCCACAGCUGGGGGCCAGGGAAGAAUGCCACCAAUGAAACAGAAAUCAAUCAGAGGAGUUCAAUGCGAGUUCUGGGGGAUGGUAUAAAGAAGCCUCCCAUUCAUAGAAGAAGUUUGAGCUGGUGUCCCUCUGGUGUGCAGUUCGCUGCCAUGGGUCCUGACUUUAAUUGUAGAAGUUACAGCCUAGAAGGCCUUGCUGGAGACUCUGGUGAGAACAAGAAGCCCUCUGCAAACAUGGAGGCUGCUUCUCUGAGCUCCAAAGACCUUCCACGGAGCACACUCACCAGCAACCAGUGCGGCUCCCUGGUCUUGCUCACUGAAGAACUUGAGCAAGGGGAAAUCAGAGACUAUGAUCACCAGAUCCAUCAAGCACCACACCCACAAGGAUUCAAUUUCUGCACUUCCUCCGUUUCGUCUUCACUGACCAAAUCUGUGUCUUUAAUGUCAAUUAGUAAACCAUCUCUGGACACCCAGGGCCGGACUCGACCAUCGAGACGAAUCUCCUUCUCCUUCAGCAUCUCUCCACUCAUUCCUAAGUCUAAAACUCUCUUUUCUAUUGGCUCUUCUUCCAGUGAUGAGGAGGAGGAGUUGGAUAGUACUCAGGCAUUUGGUGGCCCCGCGGGUUCCUUGGUUCAGAGCAUAUCUGAAGAGAGCAGCAGUGUCCCCUCUAUUAAAAGUGGAACAAAAGUCAGUCGUACCUUCAGCUACCUCAGGAAUAAAAUGUCCAGCAGCAAGAAGAGCAAGGAAAAAGAGAAAGAUAAAGAGAAGACUAAAGAGAAGGACAAAGAUUCCAAGGAAAAGGAAAAAGAUAAGAAGAUGUUAAAUGGACAUCUCUUCACUGCAACCUCCGUUGUAGCCCAAGCAAUCUGUUACCACUGUAUGAAACCUUUCAAUAAGGAUUCGUACUACUGUGCAAACUGCAAUGCAAUUGUUCACAAAGGCUGUAAGGAGAGCUUUGCUUCCUGUGCAAAGGUGAAAAUGAAGCCACAGAGAGGAAUGCUGCAGGCACAUGAUACCUCUUCAUUACCCACAGUGACCAUGAGAAACAAAGGCUCACAGCCCAAGGAGCGCCCUCGCUCUGCGAUACUCGCUCCCGAUGAGAACACCGUCACCUCCAUCUUCAACAACAGGAGAUCACAGCAGCCUACGGCGCUGUCAAAGAGUGUCUCAAUACAGAACAUUGCAGGGGUUGGGAAUGAUGACAGCUUAAUACACACUUGGAAAUUUCUGUCACAGUCCACAGACUCUUUACAUAAAAUUAGCCGGGUGAAUGAAUCCACUGAAUCAUUAGUUGAUGAAGGUGCAGACAUGAAUGAAGGGCAGCUGAUGGGAGACCUGGAACUAGAUUCCAAGCAGCUGGAGGCAGAGUCCUGGAGCCAAGCAGUGGACAGCCUGUUCCUACAGCAGCAAAACAAGGAUGUUGUCAAACGGCAAGACGUAAUUUAUGAGCUCAUGCAGACAGAAAUGCAUCAUGUCCGCACCCUGAAGAUAAUGAACGACGUAUACAGUGCAGGGAUGCUACAGGAGCUGCAGUACGAUCAGCAAGUUGUGGACAAGAUCUUUCCCUGCCUGGAGAACUUGCUGCACAUACACAGUCAGUUCUUCCAGCGGAUUCUGGAAAGGAAGAAGGAGUCAUUGGCAGACAAAAGUGAAAAGAACUUUGUUAUCAAGAGGAUUGGUGACAUCCUGGUGAAUCAGUUCUCCGGAGAGAACGCUGAGAGAAUGAAGAAGACAUACGGCAAAUUCUGCGGGCACCACAAUGAGGCAGUAAAUUACUUUAAAGAUCUGCACUCAAAGGACAAACGUUUCCAGGCUUUUGUCAAGAAAAAAAUGAGUUCCUCCCUGGUGAGACGUCUUGGGAUUUCUGAAUGUAUCUUGUUGGUAACACAGAGAAUCACAAAGUACCCAGUUCUUUUACAGAGGAUACUGCAGUACACCGCAGAAAAUGAAGUGGAACAUGAAGACUUGACUCAGUCAUUAAACCUUGUUAAAGAUGUGAUUGCUGCAGUCAAUAGCAAAGUCAGUAACUAUGAAAAGAAAAUGCGCCUUGAUGAGAUUUACAACCGGACAGACAGCAAGUCCAUCAUGAGGAUGAAAAGUGGUCAGAUGUUUGCAAGAGAGGACUUGAGACACCGGAAGCUCAUCCGAGACGGGCCUGUGUCACUGAAAAAUGCAGCCGGACGGCUGAAAGAAGUCCAGGCUAUUCUCCUCUCUGACAUGCUCGUAUUCCUUCAGGAGAAGGACCAGAAAUAUGUCUUUGCCUCACUGGACCAGAAAUCCACGGUGAUCUCUCUGAAGAAGCUCAUCGUACGGGAGGUGGCUCAUGAAGAGAAGGGUUUGUUCCUGAUCAGCAUGGGUGUGAAAGAUCCCGAAAUGGUGGAAGUGCAUGCCAGCUCCAAAGAAGAGCGCAACGGCUGGAUGCAGAUCAUUCAAGACACAAUAAGUACCAUGGAUAAGGAUGAGGAUGAAGGAGUCCCUUGUGAGUCUGAAUUUGAAAAGAAAUUGUCAGACACAAGAAUCAGAGCGCUGAAAGAACAACUUCAGCAGAAGGACAGACAGAUCUUCCUCUUGCUGGAGGAAAAGGCCAAAAUCUUCAGUGACCUGGCAGACUCCUCUAUGCAAGAGGACAUGCCGGGUUCCAGACUGCUCUUCAGAGCCAACACUGAAGAAGCACCAAAAGGAGAAGCCAUUAUGAAAACUGCAAUAAAUGAAGUGGAACUGCUGCAAGAGCUGGUGAACAGGAAUCUGGGCAGCACCCUUAUGCAGCAACUCAGCAGUGCUGCCAUUGACGAAGAGGGAGGAGUUGGCCCCAUCUCUCUUCCUAAAAGGGCAGAAACUUUUGGAGGAUUCGACAGUCACCAGAUGAAUGCCUCCAAGGGUGGAGCGAAGGAUGAAGGCGACGAUGCUCAGGACCUACGGAGAACAGAGUCAGAUGGUGUUUUAAAGAAGGCUGGAAAUGCUAACCUGAUGUUCAUACUGAAAAGGAACAGCGAGCAGGUCCUUCAAAGUGUUACCAGCCUCUGUAAGCUGCUCAAUGCUCUGCAGGGCGUUGUCCUACAGCAGGACACCUACAUCGAGGGCCAGAAGCUGGCCUUGAGUGAGAGGGCCCUGUCCCGAGGCUUCUUCCGCCCAGCCUCGCUGCUGGAGCAGGAGAAGCAGCGCAACCUGGAGAAGCAGCGCCAGGAACUCGCCAACCUGAAGAAGCAACAGGCUCAGCACCAGGAGGAGAAGAAGAGGGCAGAGAAGGAGUGUGAAGCACGGGAGAAGAAGCUGGCGGAGCUGGAAAUCCAACUGGCCAAGAGAGAGGAGGAGAUCCAGAAAGGGUGGCAGGAGCUGGAGUGCAGGCGGGAUGAGCUGCGACAGUUGAAAGCCUCCUACCAGCUUGAAAUGGAGAAACUUCUCAGUAAGCAGAAGCAGCUGGAUAAGGAGUGGGAGCAACUCAAGAAGGACAUGGAGCGACAACCUCAAAUGUGGUUGGAGCAUGAUGACAACCAGGUGUCAAAUCGACAUGAGAAACUUGCCAGGGUUUGCUCCCAGUCCAGCCUCGAAGGCACCUCCGUGCAGAAGAGCCCCUCAUUUCCUAAGCAAGGGCACUCUGAUGCAGAACUGUCUGUCUCCCCCAAAAGGAACAAUCUUUCAAGGACACACAAAGAGAAAAGCACUUCCCAUUUGCUUAGCACAACAAACCUGACUAACAAGGCAGCUGAGGAACAGCCCCAGAUGCCUACUCGCCUCUUCAGUUUAUCCAAACCAAAGGAAAAGAAGGAAAAGAAGAAGAAGGGCAGGGGACAUCGCUCCCAGGAAUCUGAUUCUCAUUCAUCAGAAGCACCUCCAGAGGGUGAGGAGAUCUUCUGCUGAGUGGGGACGGCUCCGUCGGUCACUCUCAGCUUUCAUACAGCGGACAUCUCCCUGCCCGACCCACAGCACAGUGCUGGUGCCUGCACCUGACAAACAUCUGGAGGUUUUCAUUAAAACGUUCUGCAAGUUUAUAAAGUGGUGGGAAAGAGCCUCUUUCCUUGGGUUUGCGUGAGUUGUCACCGCAGAGGCUUCCCACACAGCAAGUGGUACCAUCUCCCUGUGCAAACCUGGAUUCAGGUCGGUUGGGACGGAUGUUUGCAGUCUGUGGUACUGCUAAGGGAUGAGAGAACAUAGCCUUAAGGGGUCUGUGCCUUCAUGUUCCCCUUUUCUGGGGAAGGUAACCAAAACCAAGCAUUCAGAAAAAGAUUAGGACUCUACAAAUGGUGCGUACACACUGGCAUAUAUAGAUAUACUGUACAUACCCAUCUCUGUAUCUAUGUAUCCUCUGGGAUAUGCUUAGGUCUGUACAGCCAAGCUUAGCUCGGCCCGUGGGGAUAGGUGAUGCCUUUCAGGGAGCAUUUGGAUAUCAAAUAUCUUGUCCUACUGCCCCAGCUGUAACGCCACUGACCCGCACGCCCCUUGGUGCUCAUGGUGUGGAUGCUGGCUUUCAGCAAGGCACUGCACACCGGGGAAGAGUAAUGGUGUUCAAAAGAAAAAAAUACAGGAAACAAAUAAAAUUGAAGCUCUCCAAAGAGAUUUAUGGGGGGUGGAGGAGUUACAUGUCAAACUGUUUCCAGAAUCAAGCAGAACUUGGAGUAUAUUUAAAGUGAUGCAGAAAAUUGAAACUGGGAGGUUUGGAAGGCAACCCUAGGAAGCCAGGAGAGAAGGUCAUCAAGUAGGAAGAACGCUAAGCAGCUUUUCUUUAAGCACUCUCUUGGAGCUACAGCUCACUCCUUCCCGUAAAGAUUUGUAUUGCCAGGAUCUAUUUCUCCAGUUGUUUGACAUCCCUUCAGGCAAGCCUGAUGGCUUAUGGGAAAGGUGGCUGGAAAUCUGCUUUGAGGGACAUUGGUUCUGUUAUUUGUGCUUUCUUUCCUCCACUCUAUGUUACUGCUAGGUUUCUCUUCCUCUGGACUUUGUCAGCUUCUCCAGCUUGUUUCUAAGGCAGAAACACCAGCAGUUUCAGAGCACAUCGGUGAGGUAGGUCAGAGCAGAGAGAACUCUGAGGAGGCAGCUCUUCAGACCCAUGCCUCUGCAGCAUUGUGCUCUUGUUUCUGGGCAGAAAAAUGUAUUCACGUGGACAGAACCACUGUGCAGCAGAUCCAAAAGCUGGCAUGCCAGGUGCACGUCCUAUGCUGUGUGAGCACAUCUGUGUCACCCUCAGCAGAAGGGGAAGGUUUGAGGACAGCUCUCAAUGCAGUAUCAUAGUCAUUUCAGCUGGAAAAGACCUCUAGCAUCAUCAAGCUCAAUUGUUCACCUAGCACUGCCAAGUCUGCCUCUAAAGAAGCACGUGCCAACAGUGAGGUGUUUAUACAGCUGUGGAGUAUAGCAGGGAAGAGCAGUGCAGCAAGCCACUUCUGUUCCUUGCACGAUUGUUCCAAACCCUCUGAGAUCAAUUGGCCGAGUGGAUCUGUGAUCUGUGAAUAGUGAUAGGACGUUAUCAGCUCCAAAAUAACUCAAGGGUUUGCUCCGAGUUGGAAGCUGCUGAGUGCAUUUCCUUUCCUACCAGUUUUGCUUUAAUGAAAAAAAAACAAAACCACACAACACCACAGUUCUUUAGUUGCACUGUUGUUUGAUUUAGCUUCUCCCAAGCUAGGAACACACAGCAGUUUUCAGAGUUGGGUGCUGAUGCAGAUGGGCAGCGCUGCAGGUGAGAGGGAUGCUCUGAUGGUCUGUGCAGGAGCCCUAAGAGCCACCUGCUUGCUAUUGAAGCUCUCUGAACUGCUGAGAUAAAAUUAAAAAAAAAAAAAAAAAAAAAAAGGAAGAAAGGAAAAGGGUUGAGAUUUUAUUUUUAUUUUGCUUUUUUUUUAAUGUUAUUUGGUGCUCAUUCUUAAUUGCAAGCGGGGCUUGCAAAAUUAUUUAUCUUUCUGUUUAUUUGAAAGAGGUUUUUUUUUCUUAAAGAAGUUUACUUGGUUGUAUUUUUUUAUUUUGCUUUUGUUUGGGGAUUUGGGGGUGGUUUGGUUUUUUUCUUCCCUUUUUUUUUUUUUUUUUGCUCCCCGUUUUGUUUUUAUUUUCUUACCAAAAGAUUGGUAAACCCAACGUUCUGAUUCCCUGGUUCCUACCCAACUGGGGGGUGGGCAGUGCUGUGCCCAGAGCUGCGUGAUUUCAAUUGAGAGCUUUCUGUAAGGCAGAGCAUCUUCAGGCCAGAAAAGUCUGGGAAGAGAAUUGGUGACUUCAGACAAGAGUCCUGUCUGCUCUCUUCUUGGGUUAAAUAUUUUCCUUGGGUUUUCUCAUGCUUCGUGGAGGCAAAGGGAGAGCAAAACACCACAGGGUCCUGCAGUGCUGUGAGGGCCUGGGUGGAUCUGGGCAGCUCCUCUUGGCUGGAAGUGUUGGUGUUGUCUUCUCAACAAGAAUAGCACCCACAGAGCAGGUUAGCUUCUGCUCCACUGUUUGCAUGGCUGGGAAAACACAUGUGCCAAGCUGAAGUUUUUGGAAACCAAACCAGUGCCUGGCUCAUUUAGUGUUGUAUAAACAGAGAUCGGGUCCUCGAUGUUUCUGAGCAUUCCCUCGAGUCUGUAACGGCCUUUGCCAGUCUGAGCUUUUCUUCUCAUCCCUGUGUCUUUUCCCCAGCAGUGCCUGAAGUCACAAAGCAGGGGAGUGUCCUGUAGCUCUGAGAAGGGCCUCAGUAGGGAGACCCGGAGCAGCAGGGCUGAGUCUGCCUGGUUUCAGUCCCUCUUCUGACCUGUGCAACCCAAAAUGAGCACCCAGGGCCCUCGCAGAAAAUAGUGUUUGCUUCAUGAUUUCUAAAGGCCCAUUUGUCAAAGAUGCUGUGGGUUUGAAUCAGAACUAUCCUGAAGGGAAAUACUGCACAUCAAAGCUGUUUGUGUCUGACAUCGCAGCGGGCAGAGCUUUGUCACUGGAGGAUGUACAUUGCUACAUGACUCACUUUAUUUGGAUUGAAGCCUUUACUCCCACACAGCUUCUUCCUUCUGUUACCUAUCGGAAGGUGAGGACUUGUUUUUACCUCUUCAGCCUUUGGUUUUUUUCCCACUCAGGUUUUCUUUGGAAAUGCCUGGCGUAGGUUCUCAGAGUCUGAUUCCUGCUCUGAUCCCUGCAGGUUGCUUAAUGUUGUCUGCUAGACUACAGUCCCAGUUUUACAGCACCUUUUCCCAACCUUAAAAUCAUGUUUGCUUCAGAUCCAGGCCUGGCACCCAUCCUGCAGGUGCUGAGGUGUCUUUCCUCCAACCCAACCUGAUGCCAGGUCUGGUUCCCAGAGCCUCGAUCCCACUCAGAGAGCCAAACCUCCUCAUCCCAUGAGGCAUUCCUGGGGCAUAGAACAGUUCUGGCACUGUCUCAGAUGAAGUACAAAGGUGGUCAUUAUCAGCUGGGAGCACCAGGAGACUCCGGGAGCAGGGAGCAGCUGUAGGCGUAGGACUUGGUGCAGGUGUGUGGGGUUUGCCUUAGUUUCUCUUAAAUGAUGUGAUCAUCUUAGCAUGUGACUUUCUCUCAGUGUGAUGCCUUAAAGCACUUUAAAUGGAACUGGUCGUGUCACUUUUCAGUUUGGUUAAGUGGAGACAAUCAGCUGUGUAAUUGCUUUCCCCUCGGCAUGCCCAGCACAGCCCAAGCUGCACAGCAGUGUUACCAGCACCGGCCUGCCUUGUUUUGGGGGGGGGGGGACAAAAGGCCAAGCGUUUUGUAUCAUUAUUAGACCAAAGUGGAUGUGAAUGUGACUACGGUCCCACCACAGGCAGGGUGAGCCCUUUCCCCACAGGAGAGCCCAGCAGCCAUUUGCUCAUGGAGCCCCCUUGGCCUCACACCAUGGCACUUAGGAGCAGGCAUCAGGAGUGGAGCAGUUGGCUUCUGAUGGCCUGGCUGUGUCACCCUGUAUGACCUCAUGCUACCACCAUCCUCCUCCUCCUCCUCCUCCUCUUGGAGUUUGACUACUGCUGAGAAGCAAUGCCAUGAGCUUGAGCGGGUUUGUACACAGGAAGAGCAUCUGUAGAGCCUAAAGUCUUUGCACCUUCCUUGCUGCAUGAGGAUAUCUCAAAGCUGUUAGCAAAAGGCCCGAACCCAGCCCUUCCCAUUGCCACCAGGUCAGGAGAGGUUCAUCAGGUGCCAAACGCCAAGGAAGCUGUGUAGGGUGUCUGACACAAGGGAGGAAUGGGCAGGGGGCACAGGAGAGAGCAUCUGCUCAAAUCCAACAAAACAUUCCUUGUUAACCAGAACUCUGGAAGUUAUUCUGCCUGCUGGUCAGGUUUGGGAAUUCAACAUAAUUUAAGGCACCCUUUUAAAGAGAAAAAAAACCAACCCUCCCCUACUGCUCCUAACUCUUGCGUCGCUUGUCAGAAGGGGCAGCAAUCAGCGAUGAGUUCUUGAUCCGACGAUGCAGCUAAGUUUUAAAGAUAGGUGAGCUGAACUGGACGCACCUCUGGCUCCUGGGCACGGGAAGCGCAGCGUCGGCUCCCGGCCCACCUGCAUUUUGGGGCUCGAUGCCUUUCCUUCCACACGCAUUUCACUGACACUGAUGCUUUGCCCAAAUAUAUUCUGCUUCCUUCGCUUGGGGGGUUGGGGGGCAGGAUGACGUUCACUGCUUGGCCUACAGCCGUGAGCUUUGUAUGUAUUUAAGCUGUCUAUAGGUAUCAAUCAUUUCCAUGCUCUGAAGUAUUUUAUUGUUCUAUCGAUAUUAAACGGUGAGUCAAAACAAAAAUAAUCUGACAUCCAGUUCAGUUCGCCUAUGGUUAAAGUUUAGCCUGGUGUUUGUCUUGUACUAAUAUGGAAUGCACUUGAGUAAUGCCCGGAGCGUUAGGGGGUGUAUUACAGCAACCCCAUAUACCUCUGCCUUUGGUUUGUUUCUUUGAAAAAAAAAAAAAAGAGAGAUAAAAAAUAUGCUUUGCAUUUUCAUGUUGAACCCAUUAAAAAAUUAAUUAAAAAAAAAAAGUUUAAAAAAAAAGGAAUUUUUUAAAAAAGAGGGUAAAACCUAAUUGCUGUAUGUUAAUUUGUAAUUAUGUAAAAAGUGAGCAGGUUAUUGACUGUGUAAAAUUCUUCAGUUUUCCUGUAACUUGCCAGAAACCAUUAGGUUUUGUAACGAGCUUUUAUUUAUCUUCCUUUUUAGUUAUCAGCAUCAACCUCUUGUAAAGUCAUUUUUCCUCUAAAUAAAUUUGAUUUUAAGUCUGA